UCCACUAUGCUGUUUUUGCUGUCAAACAGUAAUUAGCAUUUAGCCAACAAUUAGUGAAAAAUGGCUUGAUUGCCUCUCUGAAUUUCUUCUUCCUUUGCAUUGGGAUUCACAGGACAGAGAGAAAGUGGGAUUAUUGGGAAAAAAGAGAGGGAAUGGCAGAGAACCAAUGAGGAAGAGCCUAAGGAACCACUCAGGUGAUGGGGUGACCAUGAGAUGUGCUGCUGCUGCUCCUAAAUAAAAACUUCCUGUGAGAAUGUGGUGUGCAGAGACUGCAUAAAACCUUGUGUGCCAAAGUCAUUGAUUCCAGUGUUCUUUGAGAUGGACCACACAGCUUUCCUUAUUGUUGUUCUUCAGCUCUGUGGAACCCAUGCAGAAGGAAGGUUUGUGGAUUCAAUUGUAAAGCUUUCUGAGAAGAUGAAACUGGAAUGCAUAUAUCCAAAAAAAGCUGUGAUAAUCCAGACAUCCUGGAUGAAACAUAAUGUAACUUAUAAAGAAAAUAUAGCUGUCUUGCAUGCAAACUAUGGCAUACAUAUUGAAGACAAAUACAAAGGAAGAAUAUAUUUUGAAAAUGCUUCCAGGGAAGACAAGUCCUUAUCUUUCAUCAAGAGCACUUUGGAAGAUGUUGGUCUUUAUUUUUGCUCCAUUGCAACUUACCCAGAUGGAACUUGGGAAAAGGUAAUAGAAGUUAUUCAGCCAGCUGAUGCUUUUGAAAUAUCUGAGAAACAAAAUAAUCCCGUGUUUACCAAGCCAGGAGAAAAUGUCACUUUUAUUUGUCCUUAUAACAGAAGAGAUUCAGUUCAACAAGUGAUGUGGGAAAGGAUUAAAGCAGAUUGCAUAGAUACCAUUGUCCAGUGUAAUUCAUUAGGAGGGCAACGCUUUGGUGCAGAUUUUAAAAAGCGUGCACUGGUGGAUUGCUCUGAUCAAGCAAGCUCCAUGAUUGUCAUUCAAAAUGUUUCAGACUCUGACUUCGCAACAUAUCGCUGUGUGGCUACUGGAAGAAACAAAACCUAUGUGAUGAGUUUCACCAUGCUUGCAACUUGGAAUCACAAACGGUUUAUUAUCUACAUAGCUGCAGGAAUAUCAGCUGCUGUUUUACUGUUAGUUUUCCUAUGGAUUAUCUGCAUCGCCACUGCUUAUGACAAAAAAAAGAAGAGAAAGAGAAUAAAAGAGGCCUUACUAAACCCUUUGUACUCUACUCAGACCAAGAGCAUUAAUGGUUACGAAAGAUGUAAUUUUUGUUCCCCAUAGAACAUAGAAAGAAGAGAAGAAGAAUCAUUACCCAAUCAGACAGAGGAGAUUUACAUCAACUGCAUAAACCCGAGGAAAGACCAUUAGCUUACUUCUUAUGGAUGAAAUAACCAAAUUCAGUCAACAAAUUUGCAUGUUGGAUUUGCUUUGCUUUGCUCUGGUGGGCUGCAGAAAAUUCAAGUCACCAUAGCAGGCUGCCCUGGCUGGACAGCAUUGGUCCCUGAGCCAGCCUGGAUGCGUCUGUGUAAUAUGACAGUCUGCAGCAUCAAUGUAUCUUUUGAUUCAUAAGUACAAGUGAAGAUUUUUUGUAUUUCUAAAAUUUAUUAUUAUUAUUUUUUUACCCAGUAAGUGUACUUAUAAUAAUUUUAGAACAACUAUAACAUACAGAACAGAGGUGCAUAUGUUUAUAUAACAUUAAUUUUGUCUGAGAAAUAAAUGUCUGAGAAGUCUGUGUGAAAAGGUGAAAAUGAAAAUAUGCUCUAUGUUCUCUGUAUCCAUGACUUUCAAAUAUCAAAUUGAGAGCUUUAUGGAAUAAUAAAUAUCCAUUAUUUUCUGCAAA